UUUACGUUUUUCUUGUGUUUGCUCCUUCUGAAACCACCUAGAUAUCUCGUUGGAUGUAUAAAAACAAGAGGAACCAAUUUGUGAGGCAGCUGAGUGCAAAGCCAACAUUAAAUCUUGCAAGCAUGUGUAGCAAGAAAAUUAGUUCUUCCUUUCUUCUUCUUUUUCUUCUUUAUUUGAUCUUAGUAGGCGUUGUUUGUGUAAAAGGAGAUGACAAAAAGAAGUUUUACAUUGUGUACUUGGGAGCUCAUCCUGUGAAUAAUGAGGACUCUGCAGCUUCCCAUACGCAUAUGAAAAUCCUCUCAUCUGUUAAAGGAAGCUAUGCUGAUGCUCAAGAGUCCAUGGUUUAUAGCUAUAAAAAGAGCUUCGAUGCCUUUGCUGCCAAGCUUUCUAGUGAUGAAGCCAAAAUAUUAGAAAGAAUGGACGAGGUUCUCUCCGUGAUUCCUAAUAGGUAUCACAAGCUACACACAACAAGAUCAUGGGAUUUCAUUGGGUUACCACAAAAAGCUAGACGAAAUUUGAAGACUGAAAGUGACAUAAUUGUUGGUCUCCUUGAUACAGGAAUUACUCCAGAGUCCAAAAGCUUUAAGGGAGAUGGAUUAGGUCCUCCACCAGCAAAGUGGAAAGGAACUUGUGGCCACUUUGCCAAUUUUUCUGGAUGCAACAACAAGAUCAUAGGUGCCAAUUACUUCAAGCUUGAUGGCAAUCCAGACCCAGUUGACAUCUUAUCUCCCUUAGAUGUGGACGGCCAUGGGACUCAUACUUCAUCAACCUUAGCAGGCAACCAGGUCCCCAAUGCCAACCUCUUCGGCCUAGCCAAUGGCACUGCGCGAGGUGCAGUGCCCUCGGCUAGGGUGGCCAUGUACAAAGUAUGCUGGGCUAGCAGUGGCUGUUCAGACAUGGACAUCCUAGCAGCGUAUGAUGCUGCCAUACAUGACGGCGUCGAUGUCAUAUCAAUUUCUAUUGGUGGGGGGAGUUCAAGUUAUGUGUCGGACAUUAUAGCAAUAGGUGCAUUUCAUGCCAUUAAGAAGGGUAUUAUUACUGUGGCCUCAGCUGGAAAUGAUGGACCAAAUUUGGGAAGUGUUCUUAAUCAUGCACCAUGGUUGGUAACUGUGGCUGCCAGUGGGAUUGAUAGGGAUUUCAUAAGCAAAGUUCAUCUGGGCAACGGAAAGGAUGUCUCAGGGAUUGGAGUGAGCAUGUUCAGUCCAAAGAAAAACUUAUACCCUAUUGUUAGUGGGGUUGAUGUAGCACAAAGCUCUCAAACCAAGGAAGGUGCAAGGUUCUGUGUUCAGGAUACAUUAGACCCUGGAAAGGUAAAGGGCAAGCUUGUUUUCUGCAAACUCGGAUCUUGGGGCGCAGAUUCUGUGGUUAAGGGAAUUGGAGGGGCUGGCAUUAUAAUUGAAGAUGAUCAGUUUCUUGAUGCUGCUCAAAUAUUCAUGGCUCCAGGAACCAUGGUCAAUUCUACAAUCGGAGAUAUCAUAGAUGAGUACAUUCACACAACAAGAUCACCAUCAGCAGUGAUAUACAAGUCUCAACAAACAAUGAAACGUGCUCCGUUUGUUGCUUCAUUCUCCUCCCGGGGUCCAAAUCAAGGAUCCAAUCGCAUCCUCAAGCCUGAUAUUGCAGCACCUGGGGUUGACAUCUUGGCGUCUUACACUCUUAGGAAGUCGCUCACUGGAUUGGCAGGUGACACACAAUUUUCAGAAUUUACACUCAUGUCUGGAACUUCCAUGGCAUGCCCGCACGUUGCUGGAGUAGCAGCAUACGUAAAGUCAUUCCACCCGAAUUGGUCACCGGCUGCAAUUAGAUCUGCCAUCUUGACCACUGCAAAACCAAUGAGCCAGCGGGUGAACGGCGAUGCAGAAUUCGCCUAUGGUGCCGGUCAAGUGAACCCGGCUAAAGCUGUGAACCCGGGCCUAGUCUAUGACAUGGAUGAAAUAUUGUCCUACAUUCAGUUCCUCUGCCAUGAAGGCUACAAAGGGUCCUCAUUAGCCCCUUUGGUGGGCUCAAAAACCCUAAACUGCUCCUCAUUGCUUCCUGGUCAAGGCUAUGAUGCUCUCAACUAUCCCACCAUGCAGCUCAGCUUGAAAAGCAACAAGCAACCAACAGUUGGUGUUUUCAGAAGAACUGUCACCAAUGUGGGCCCUGCAAAAUCCAUCUACAAUGCCACUAUUAGAGCACCAAAGGGAGUUGAAAUCACUGUGAAGCCCAUGAGUCUAUCUUUCUCCACCACCUUGGAAAGGAAGACCUUCCAAGUUGUGGUGAAGGCGAACCCUAUGACCAGUAUGCGGAUGGUAUCCGGCUCACUCGGAUGGAAAAGCACUCGAUACACCGUGAGGAGCCCCAUUGUGAUUUACAGUCCAUGAUCAGUAUAUUACUUGGAGUUGAAGGUGCCUAGUUAGUGUAUAUAUAUACAGGAAAUCCAUGAAAGAGUGAACUACAUAAGCAUUCUCA